AUCAGUGUGUGUCUGCAGCUGCGCAUCAUCCCGCCUCCAGCUUCAGUACAGCGCCUGCGCUCCGCGGCUCCGGUUCACCGUCUCCUCGCGAACAUGGCGGCGCCUGCGCUCUCCAGCCGGGCUGGUUCAGCUGGCAGCAGCCCCACCGCCACCCCGAGCAGCACCAAAUUCGUCCCGCAGGCCCCCGAGCUGGACUUCAGGUCCGGAGCCAGGACAGAGGAGCUCAACCGGCUGAUCGCCGAGUUCAGCAAGCACGAGCAGCGCGAGUAUGACGACCAGCGAGCGCUCGAGAUCCACACGGCCAAGGACUUCAUCUUCUCCAUGCUCGGCAUGGUGCAGAAGUUGGACCAGAAGCUUCCGGUUGCCAAUGAGUACCUGCUGUUGUCUGGCGGGGUCCGGGAAGGUGUGGUUGACAUGGAUCUGGACGAGUUGACGGUAUAUGCUCGGGGAGCUGAUUACGACAUGGACUUCACGUUACUGGUUCCCGCGCUCAAACUCCACGACCGAAACCAGCCGGUCACGCUAGACAUGCGUCACUCGGCGCUCUGCCACUCUUGGCUCAGCCUGCGUCUGUUUGACGAGGGAACCAUCAACAAGUGGAAGGACUGUUGCACGGUUGUAGACCAUCUUAACGGCGCCACCAAUUACUUUUUCUCGCCCACGCUGGUGGCCGACUGGUUCUACGAAUCCAUUAGUAUGGUUCUGGCAGAGAUUCAGAAGAAGCCGCAGCGCGGCGUCCCGCGGGUCGAGAAGGUCGAGCGCAACGCAACCGUCAUCUCCAUCAUUUUGGGUGUCGGAGGCAGUCGGAUGCUGUACGAUGUGGUUCCAGUAGUGUCGUUCAAAGGCUGGCCGGCGGUGGCCCAAAGCUGGCUAAUGGAAAACCAUUUUUGGGACGGGAAAAUCACAGAGGAGGAAGUGAUUAGCGGGUUUUAUUUGCUGCCUGCCUGCUCUUCUACAGGCCAGAAGGAAAACGAAUGGCGCUUGUCGUUUGCGCGCAGCGAGGUGCAGCUGAAGAAGUGCAUCUCUUCCAGUCUCAUGCAGGCGUACCAGGCUUGUAAAGCUCUGAUUAUUAAGCUUCUCUCUCGACCCAAAGCCAUCAGCCCGUAUCAUCUGCGCUCGCUCAUGCUUUGGGCCUGUGACCGCCUGCCGCAUACGUAUUUGGCGCAGGAAGAUUACGCCGCACACUUUUUGCUCGGGUUGAUCGACGACUUGCAGCAUUGCUUGGUGAAUAAGACCUGCCCGAAUUACUUUAUCCCGCAAUGCAACAUGCUAGAGCACCUUAGCGACGACACGGCCAUGCUGCAUGCACGCAAGCUGUCGUCCAUUCGCUCUGACCCAGCAGAACACUUGCGAAGUGCAAUAGAGCACGCAAAAGCCGCGUCGCGACUCACGUUGGAGCUCCAGUGGCGUGGAGGAAGCUCAAACCUGUCUCCCCUGUUAGAAACUGGAGCCGAUCAGCAACCAGACGACCGUCUUGCGAAGAAACUCCAGCAGCUGGUCACGGAGAAUCCUGGGAAGUCCAUCUCAGUCUUCAUCAACCCAGACGACGUCACGCGACCUCACUUUCGCAUUGAUGACAAAUUCUUUUGAAGCCACGCCCUCUGAUCUGAUUAGCCGCUGGCUGCAGAUGACCUCACAUUUCCAUUGAUGACAAAUAAUUCUGAAGCCACGCCCUCUGAUCUGAUUGGGUGCUGGCUGCAGAUGACCUCACAUUUCCAUUGAUGACAAAUAAUUCUGAAGCCACGCCCUCUGCUCUGAUUGGGUGCUGGCUGCAGAUGACCUCACAU